AUGUGCUGGAGCAGCUGCGCCCUCGCCUGCCUGCAAUUCUUUGGCAUCGUUCAAGCGGUUAGUACAGGCUAUGCGUCUUUGCGACCCACUCGUCAUGGCAUCGACCAAGGUACCGCGAUCGCGGUGAAAGAAGCUCUGCGUGCGGUGAGCGGCAUGACCUACAGUACCAACGAGACAGCCUUUUUGACAAAGAGCUUGGUCAACGCCACUCUAUUCUCAAUCGAAGCGAGGUACCGCGCGAGUCGCCCAGUAGGGAAGUUUUAUCGCACUGCCUCCAGCACCUCGAAGCAAGGAUCCCUGGAUGUUGAGGUCGGCCUCGCCGUCAUCUGCACGUCCUGCUACAUCAACGGCUCGGUCAGCGGCUUUUUGACCGUAGAGGAGAGCUUGAACGUCACCGAUCUCGUGGAAAGCAUCACAGAUGAGCUCGCAAACGUGACAGAUGCAGCGAUUACCCAGCUCAAGACCUUUGCACGCGACGCGGCAGAGGACUUUGUCGAAGGCGUAACUCACUUCGAACUAGUCGACAUGCCCGCCUGGCCAACGCUGGAUCUCGACUUCACUCUGAAUUCAACUCAGGACUUCCCUGGUGUUCACGCAGAGUUUGAAUUCGACAAUCUGGAGCUGUACCUGGAGCUGGAUGUGCAGUUGUCGGCCGGUGGAACGUAUACGUUGAAUCUGUUCACCUCCGAGACCAUCGUGGGCUUCUCGAUCCCGGGACUCGAUGCGGGCGCGGUGUUCAAAGUCUCGCUGGUGUUGGUCGCAGAGGCGGAAGUUGAUAUCAGCAGUGGGAUUCAUAUCAAGUUGGAUGAUGGGCUGGUGCUUGCGCUCGAUCUGUUCAAUAAGGGGAUGUCGGACAUUACACUAUCAGUGAGCGCCACUGACGUGAACAGUCCCGGAGGGCAAGUGGAAUUCCUCCCGAUCACCAUCCAGGGCUACGGCAGCCUGCAGGCCCUCUUACAGCUGGAGGCCAGCGUGGGAUUCGACAUCGCGCCCGCGGAGUCGCUCUCCGUGCUCGAAGCCGUCAAGUUCAGUGCGGGGAUUGGCGCGGAGGUCUUCGCCUACGUGGCGGAUUUCCAACUGGAGGUCAAUGGCACGACCAGUCAGGAUGCCGACUGCGCUUUCCAAGCGGUGGCCGAAUACACCCUCGCGGUGGGCGCGGCGGCCGGAGCCACCGUCGCGGUGGAUACGUAUCAAUGGGGGCCCUCGCCCAACACCACCGUGCCGGUCUUCUACACCACCCUCGCCAGCCUCUGCGCGGGCAGCAAGACCACGACUGCCUCAGCGACGACCACUCCGUCGGCCACGCUCGCGCAGCGCGACGGAGGCCUUGAGACCACGACGCUGUCCACGGUGACACGGUAUACCCUCGUGCAAUGCGCGUCCAGCGGUCUCGUCAACUGUCCGGUCGCGCUGCAGACCACCACGUCGGUCGAGACCGAGUUGACCACGGUCCUGACCGUGACGUCCGGGGCAGCCGCUACGUUCCCGACGAACACGUUCGCCUCGUUGUCGAGUGCCAGCCCCUUCGGAUCCGGCGCACGCACCCUGCUCGCGACCUCCGGCAGCCCGGUGUCUUAUAUCCCUCCAUCGAGCACGACCCCCUCGACCAGCAGUUCUGCGACUGGAAGCAAUAGCACGACAAGCCACGAGCACCACGGCGAUCAUAACAACCUGAUCAUCGGGCUGAGUGUGGGACUGGGGGUGCCGGCAGUCGUGGCGUUGAGUGUUGCCCUAUGGUGGUUCCUAAACCAUCGCAUACGAUACACAAUCGUACCACAGCCUGAGAUGACACUAAAUUCCCCGGGGCUCAGAAAGGGACCGAGAGAGCCAGAGACUACGGAGGUUGUUGGAUGA